UAAGGGAAUUGCUUCUCACAACUGCUCUUCCUGGAUGGAUAAAUUGCAUGAGACUUUGCCGAAUAUGGAAGAUGAUUUGGGCACUGAUCAUUCUGCCUUUCUGUCUUCCUGGGACUGGAAGAGUAAUGCAGGAGCCUAUGAGCUGAACCAGAUCUCAUCCCCUCACAGCUUAUCUCCAUCUCCUUCCUUUGAAUCGUAUUCUUCUUCCCCUUGCCCAGCUGUGAUUGAGAUGCCCUACAACAGCAGCAGCAGCGGCAGCCUGAUCGGAUACAGCUUGAUGGAUUUUCCUUCCGCAUACUUACCGAAUGCUGGACAGGUCAAGGCUCAGAAAGGUACCAAGGCCAGGAUGUCAGCCCAGCGCAGAAGGAAAGCCAGUGAGAGAGAGAAGCUCAGGAUGAGGACCCUGGCUGAUGCUUUACACACCUUGCGCAAUUACCUACCUCCUGUCUACAGCCAAAGAGGCCAGCCUCUCACCAAAAUACAGACACUGAAAUACACCAUCAAGUACAUCAGUGAACUCACAGACCUGCUGAACAAUGUCAAACGGGCAUAGACACCCUUCCCUACCGCCUGACAAACCUGCCACUGGAUCCCUCCUAAAGAAUCUUUAAAAAUAUCGAAUGGAACUUUGAGCUAGUUCUUCCUUUAAAAAAUCCAGAGUGUCUUGAGCAAAUGAAGACAGAACAAAAGGAAUAGGGAUGGAUGGGUAGCUGCUGUACAUAUCUCAGAAUGCUCUAAGUCGAAGGGGAUGUUUAUACUUGUACAUUACUUGAGUUAUGGGUUGUUGGGUUGGGUUUUUUUUAAUGAGCUUCAAAAAUAUAUUAAAAUCAGUCUGAUUCAAUAGUGAGCAAGGCAAAUAGAUUCUACUAGGAUUUACUCACCACAGUUCUGACCAAUCUUCUGUUUAAUAAGGACUGAUUAUUUGGCCAAAUAAUCAAUCUACUCACUUAAAAAAAAAAAGAUCAAUGGGUUUAAAGUGAAUUUUUAAAAGAUGUAAAAAAUAAUACAAAAAUACUAAGCAUAAUGGUCUGUAGGCACUUUAAUAUUAGGAUUUGGAAAAGCAUGUAUAUUUAGUUCAGAUAUUGCUGAUAAAUCAGGCUAUUUAUCCACAUUUCUAAAAUUAUGUAUCUAAAAUGAAGAAACAAGUAAUAUUAAGAAUGUCUUUGUCUUUGAAAACAA